AUGGGGAAGCCCAGUUCAAUGGAUGCAAAAUACAAGGAUGACUUGUUCCGGAAGUACGUGCAGUUCCACGAGGGCCAAGGGGACGCCACCCCCGGCAGUGAUGAGUCCCUGCGGGCGGCAGCCUCCACCCUGCUCAGCCUGCACAAGGUGGACCCCUUUUAUCGAUUCCGGCUGAUCCAGUUCUAUGAGGUGGUGGAGAGCUCCCUGCGCUCGCUCCGCUCCUCCAGCCUGCGGGCCCUGCGCUGCGCCUUCGGCGUGCUCGAGACGGUGGGCGUCAACCUCUUCCUCUGCCCCUGGAAGAAGGAGUUCAGAAGCAUCAAGACCUACACGGGCCCCUUCGUCUACUACGUCAAGUCGACGUUACUGGAGGAGGACAUCCGAGCCAUCCUGAGCUACAUGGGCUACGUGCCCGAGCUGGGGACCGCCUACAGGCUCAAAGAGCUGGUCGAGACGUUGCAAGUGCAGAUGGUCUCCUUCGAGCUCUUCCUGGCCAAGGUGGAGUGCGAACAGAUGCUGGAGAUCCACUCGCAGGUGAGGGGCCAGGGCUACACGGAGCUGGACGUGGUGAGCGAGCGCCGGGGCAGCGCGGAGGACGCGCGGGGCUGCGCGGAGGCCCUGCGGCGGCGCGCCGAGGCCCGCGGGCCGCUGUCGGCCUCCAUGGCGCGCAUGGUGCUGCAGAAGUCGGCCAGCGAGCGGGCGGCCAAGGACUACUACAAGCCCCGCGUGACCAAGCCCUCGCGGUCGGUGGACGCCUACGACAGCUACUGGGAGAGCCGGAAGCCUCCCCUGAAGACCUCGCUGAGCCUGCGGAAGGAGCCGGCGGCCACCGAGCCUGGAGAUGAGCUCAAGGACGAGAUCGUCCGCCCGCCGCCCUCGCUCCUGACCGUGGCCAGCUCCCCGCACGGCGGCGCCGACGACCUGCCGGCCCCCGCGCCCAGCAAUGGGCUCGGCCUGCUGCGCAGCCCCUACCUGCCCGGCCCAGAUGACGUGGAUCUGUACACGGACGCGGAGCCCCGGGCCGCCUACCGGAGGCAGGACGCCCUGCGGCCCGACGUCUGGCUGCUGAGAAGCGACGCCCACGCCGGCUACCACAAGCGCUCGCCCCCCGCCAAAGAGUCCGCCCUCUCCAAGUGCCAGAACUGCGGCCUGUCCUGCAGCGCCGCCCUCUGCCAGCGCUGCGACAGCCUGCUGGCCUGUUCCCCGGCCGCCAAGCCCAGCGCCUUCCCCGGCAAGGCCUCCGGCCAUGACAGCCUGGCCCACGGGGCCGCCCUGCGGGACAAGUACGCGGGCCAGACUCAGGGCCUCGAGCGGCCGCCGCACCUCCACUCCAAGUCCAAGCCGCCCGCCGCCGCCACCUCCCGCUGUGGCUUCUGCAACCGCCCGGGGGCCGCCAACACCUGCACCCAGUGUUCCAAAGUCUCUUGCGACGCCUGCCUCAGCGCCUACCAUUACGACCCCUGCUGCAAAAAGAGCGAGCUGCACAAGUUCAUGCCCAACAGCCAGCUGAACUACAAGUCCACCCAGCUCCCCCAUCUCGUGUACAGAUAG